CCUCAAGCGCUGCCAAUCCCCUAGCCCGGCCCCACUCCGCCCCUCCGCCCGCCUCCGCCGGCCCCUCCUCAGGUGAGGCCACCGGCCUAGCAGGCCCCUAGCUGCUGCUGCUCAGCCCGGCGCCCUGCUGCGGGGCCACCAUGCUCCUGCCCAGGCCAGGAGACUGACCGCAGCCUGCACCAUCUCGCAGCUCCACCAGCACCCGCCGGACCCCAGGGUCCUGCCCCGGCCCAGGAGGUCAGCCGGGGAAUCAUUAACGAGAGGCUGUGACAUGGCGGAGAAGGAGGGUGGCCGGAACGUCCCAGGCUGCUCCGGACCCAAGGUGGCAGCGUUGGCGGUGGGGAUCCUCCUGCUCCUGACGGGCAUUGGGGCGGCAGCCUGGGCCAUCGUGACCGUGCUCCUCAGGAACGACCAGGAGCUGCUCUACCCAGUGCAGCUCAGCCCCGCGGACAGCCGGCUCAUGGUCUUCGAUGAGACGGAGGGGACGUGGCGGCUUUUGUGCUCCUCAAGGUCCAACGCCAGGGCGGCAGGUCUCAGCUGUGAGGAGAUGGGCUUCCUCAGGGCGCUGGACCACUCGGAGCUGGACGUGCGGACGGCGGGCGCCAACGGCACGUCGGGCUUCUUCUGCGUGGACGAGGGCCGGUUACCCCACGCCCAGAGGCUGCUUGAGGUCAUCUCCGUGUGUGACUGUCCCAGAGGCCGCUUCCUGGCUGCCGUUUGCCAAGACUGUGGCCGGCGGAAGCUGCCCGUGGACCGGAUCGUGGGGGGCCGUGACACCAGCCUGGGCCGCUGGCCCUGGCAAGUCAGUCUCCGCUACGACGGUUCCCACCUGUGCGGGGGCUCGCUGCUGUCCGGGGACUGGGUGCUGACCGCUGCCCACUGCUUCCCCGAGCGCAACCGUGUGCUAUCCCGGUGGAGGGUGUUCGCGGGCGCCGUGUCCCAGGCUUCACCCCAGGGGCUGCAGCUGGGGGUGCAGGCGGUCGUCUACCACGGGGGCUACCUUCCCUUCCGGGACCCCAACAGUGAGGAGAACAGCAAUGACAUCGCCCUGGUGCACCUGUCCAGUGCCCUGCCCCUCACAGAAUACAUCCAGCCCGUGUGCCUCCCCGCUGCUGGCCAGACCCUGGUGGACGGCAAGGUCUGUACCGUGACCGGCUGGGGGAACACGCAGUACUACGGCCAGCAGGCGGGGGUGCUCCAGGAGGCGCGAGUCCCCAUCAUCAGCAAUGACGUCUGCAACAGCCCCGACUUCUAUGGGAGCCAGAUCAAGCCCAAGAUGUUCUGUGCUGGCUACCCCGAGGGUGGCAUUGAUGCCUGUCAGGGCGACAGUGGGGGCCCCUUCGUGUGUGAGGACAGCAUCUCGCGGGCACCACGCUGGCGACUCUGUGGCAUCGUGAGCUGGGGCACGGGCUGUGCCCUGGCCCAGAAGCCGGGCGUCUACACCAAAGUCAGCGACUUCCGGGAGUGGAUCUUCCAGGCCAUAAAGACUCACUCCGAGACCAGCGGCAUGGUGACGCAGCUCUAACCUGUGGCUUCUCCCCAUUGCACACGUUUCUGGGGUCCGGCGGACGAAAGCGCCUCACCCCACCAGGUGGGCCCACCUGGGACCCGGGACGGAGCAUGCUCCUUCCUGCGUCCAGCCCACAGCACAAGGACACCCCCUCCAGGGGCCUCUCUUCCACAGUGGCGGGCACACUGGGCCCCGGGAACACCUCCGCUUCACCUGAUCCCCCUCCCUCCUCCCAUGUAAAUAUUGUUCCGCCAUCUGGGGGCCCUCCCCUGGGUGUCCCUGAUGACAGAUGCUCUUUAAAUAAUAAAGGUGGUUUUGAUUAG